CAAGUGAACUUGGAAAAGUGAUGUGUAAUAUCAACUUUGUAGAUGAAUGCACUAUCGAAGUAGGAAAAUUUGAUGGGUCUGAUUCAGUUAGUUGCAGCGGAAGACCGAGAGGAACCAGGCAAGAGUUCUCUUUCGAUAAAGUCUUCCCACCAACUGCUACCCAAGAAAAUAUUUUUGAAGAAUUAGCCCUGUUAGUUGAGUCCGCUUUAGAGGGGUAUAAUGUCUGUGUAUUUGCAUAUGGCCAGACUGGUUCUGGUAAAACAUAUACUAUGGAAGGUUUACCGGGUAUUGAAAUGGAAGGCAUGAUACCUAGAACGGUACGACAUAUAUUCCAAAAAAUGAAAGAAUUUCAAUUACUUGGUUGGGAAUAUCAGAUAGAAGCUAGUUUCCUUGAGAUUUACAAUGAGCAUAUUGUUGACUUGCUUGAUUCUCAAGCUAAGACACAUGAAAUCAAAAUGGCUGAUAGUAAGGGACACAAUUUGUAUGUCAGUAAUUUGAAAAUACAGGAAAUUAAUAGCCCCGAAGAAUUGCACGAGUGCCUUUUGACGGCGCAAUGUAAUAGAGCAGUUGCGGCUACUCAAUCGAACGAACGGUCGUCUAGGUCGCAUUCAGUAACAAGAAUAAAGCUUGUAGGAACACAUCAGUUAAAAGAGGAGAUUUCAAUAGGAAACUUAAAUUUAGUUGACCUAGCGGGAUCUGAAAGAUUAAAAGGGGAAGAAUCUGUACGACUGGCAGAAACAAAAAACAUUAAUAAAUCGUUAGCAAACUUGGGCAACGUUAUCUUGGCCCUUUUGAAAAAACAAGAACAUAUUCCAUACAGAAACUCAAAACUCACUCAUUUAUUAAUGCCGUCUUUGGGUGGCAAUUCAAAAACUUUGAUGUUACUGAACGUAUCUCCUUUAGACGAAUGUUAUAACGAAACAUUGAAUUCAUUGAGAUUUGCUAGCAGUGUAAACAGUUGCAAACCCGGUAAUGCAAAAAGAACACGACUAGUGCUACAAAACUCCGCAUGAAGUUUCACCAAAUAGUAUUUUUAUUACACUUCAAGAUUUUAGUGUUUUUAAGCAUUAUUUUUUAAAAGCAUUAUUUAGACUAUUUUAUAUAGUAAACGCACAUCCUCUUUUGUGUAAUUUUAUUUUUUUCUUUUAUAAACCGCAACAAAAACUGUAAAUAGUUCAAUAUAAAAUAUAUUACCAUAACACUGACAUAAUUUACAUAUUUGCUCAGUUUAACUGU